AGCUUUUGAUUAAUGUCCAGGCGCUGCUGCUGCUGCUGCUGCUUGAAGUCUCCAAAUCUCCCCACAGUCAUACAAAGAGAGCCGAGAGCUGGUGACCACUCGCACUUCCUUCAGGCUGGGUCCCUCUUCCUGACUGGGAAGGGACACUUGAGAGAGAGGGGGAGAGAGGCGAGGGGUGGAGGGAGCGAAGCUGCUCCUCCACAGCUGGGAUAGUGAGGGGAGCCCACAGAAGCGAGCUCCGGCCUCGCCAUGGAACGGAGCGGGCUCUUUUGUUGUGGUCUUUUCUGAACCCCUGAGGGAAUUUCCCCGCCUUUUCCCUCCCCUGUCCUGCCGGCCGCCUCGCCAAACACGAGAAGGAGCCGAGGGGAAGGAAAGUUUCGAAGGCGCUUCUUUCGGGGGUGGCGGUGGAUAGGACACAAUGACCGAAGAAAGCAAAGGGGAAGGGAAAGGAGAGAGCGGGAAAGACCCCGAGAAGCAGCUGCGCCUCCGGGUGUGCGUUUUGAAUGAGCUGCUGAAGACGGAGCGCGACUAUGUGGCCACUCUGGAGUUUCUGGUGUCGGCAUUCCUUCACAGAAUAAUGCAAUGGGCUUUUUCCAAGAUUGAGAAAAAUGUUACGGAAGAAACAGUUAAGACAUUGUUCUCAAACAUUGAAGAUAUUCUUGAAGCGCACAAGGACUUCCUGUCUAGUAUUGAAGAAUGUCUAAAUCCUGAACCCAAUGCCCAACAAGAAGUGGGAGCCUGCUUUCUUCACUUUAAAGACAAAUUUCGGAUCUAUGAUGAAUACUGUAGUAACCAUGAGAAGGCACAAAAACUUCUGCUUGAGCUUAACAAAAUAAGAACAGUACGGGCUUUUCUACUGAACUGCAUGUUGUUAGGAGGACGGAAGAAUACUGAUGUACCAUUGGAAGGUUAUUUAGUAACACCAAUCCAGAGAAUAUGCAAGUAUCCACUUCUUCUGAAGGAGUUGAUAAAGCGCACUCCCAAAAAACACAGUGACUACGCAGCCUUAAUGGAAGCUCUCCAAGCCAUGAAAGCUGUCUGCUCCAACAUAAACGAGGCCAAGAGACAGAUGGAAAAAUUAGAGGUUUUAGAAGAAUGGCAGUCUCACAUUGAAGGAUGGGAGGGAUCUAACAUCACAGACACGUGCACAGAAAUGCUGAUGUAUGGAGUUUUGCUGAAAAUAUCUGCAGGAAAUAUUCAGGAACGGGUGUUUUUUCUUUUUGACAACCUUCUGGUCUACUGCAAAAGAAAACACAGACGACUGAAGAACAGCAGAGCAUCAACAGAAGGCCACCGUUAUCUCUUCCGGGGCAGAAUAAACACAGAGGUGAUGGAAGUCGAGAAUGUAGAUGAUGGCACCGCUGAUUAUCACAGCAGUGGUCACAUAGUUCUCAAUGGUUGGAAGAUACACAACACAGCAAAGAAUAAAUGGUUUGUGUGUAUGGCUAAAACACCCGAAGAAAAGCAGGAAUGGCUGGAAGCUAUUCUGAAAGAAAGAGAAAGGAGAAAAGGACUAAAACUAGGUGUGGAACAAGAUACUUGGAUGAUGAUCUCUGAACAAGGAGAAAAACUUUACAAAAUGAUGUGCAGACAAGGAAAUUUGAUCAAAGACCGGAAGAGAAAAUUAACCACUUUCCCAAAAUGCUUUCUUGGAAGUGAGUUUGUAUCCUGGUUGUUGGAAAUUGGGGAGAUCCACAGACCCGAAGAAGGUGUUCAUCUUGGUCAGGCUUUACUAGAGAACGGCAUUAUACACCAUGUUACUGACAAACAUCAGUUCAAGCCUGAGCACAUGCUCUACAGAUUCCGUUAUGAUGAUGGCACAUACUAUCCGAGAAGUGAAAUGCAGGACGUAAUUUCCAAGGGUGUAAGAUUAUAUUGUCGUCUGCACAGCCUGUUUACUCCUGUGGUAAGAGAUAAAGAUUACCAUCUAAGAACCUACAAAUCUAUAGUCAUGGCUAAUAAAUUGAUAGACUGGCUAAUUGCACAGGGAGAUUGUAGGACAAGAGAAGAAGCAAUGAUCUUUGGAAUAGCACUUUGUGACAAUGGAUUUAUGCACCACGUGCUGGAAAAAAGUGAGUUCAAAGAUGAACCACUUCUCUUUCGUUUUUUUGCUGAUGAAGAAAUGGAAGGCUCAAACAUGAAGCACAGGCUCAUGAAACAUGAUCUAAAAGUAGUGGAAAAUGUAAUAGCCAAAUCACUGCUGAUUAAAUCAACUGAAGGAAGCUAUGGUUUCGGCUUGGAAGACAAAAACAAAGUGCCAAUUAUUAAAAUAGUGGAGAAGGGAUCAAAUGCUGAGAUGGCAGGUCUGGAAGUUGGGAAAAAGAUCUUUGCCAUUAAUGGUGACCUAGUUUUUCUGAGACCCUUCAGUGAAGUGGAUAACUUUCUGAAAGCAUGUUUAAGCAGCAGAAAGCCCCUCAGGGUGCUUGUGAGCACAAAACCCAGGGAGACAGUGAAGAUCCCUGACUCUGUGGAUGGCCUUGGAUUCCAAAUACGAGGUUUUGGUCCUUCUGUUGUCCAUGCUGUUGGAAGAGGAACCGUAGCAGCAGCUGCUGGCCUCCACCCUGGACAGUGCAUAAUUAAAGUGAAUGGGAUUAAUGUCAGCAAAGAAACUCAUGCAAGUGUUAUUGCCCAUGUCACAGCCUGCAGGAAAUACAGACGUCCGAUGCAUGUAAAGAUGCAAGAUUCUAUUCAGUGGGUAUAUAACAGUAUUGAGAGUGCCCAGGAAGAUCUUCAAAGAACAAACUCCAAACCCUUGGGGGAAGAUGGAGGAGAUGCCUUUGACUGCAAAGUAGAAGAAGUAAUUGACAAAUUUAAUACUAUGGCAAUAAUUGAUGGACGGAAGGACCAUGUUAGUCUAACUGUUGAUAAUGUUCACCUGGAAUACGGUGUAGUUUACGAGUAUGACAGCACGGCGGGAAUAAAAUGCCAUGUUUUGGAAAAGAUGAUUGAACCAAAGGGCUUUUUCAGCUUGACUGCAAAGAUUCUCGAAGCUUUAGCAAAAAGUGAUGAGCAAUUUGUGCAAAACUGUAAUAGUCUGAAUAGUUUAAAUGAAGUCAUCCCCACUGAACUUCAGAAUAAAUUCAGUGCCACUUGCAGUGAGAAAAUUGAGCACAUUUGCAGAAGGAUCACUAGUUAUAAAAAGUUUUCACGGGUGUUAAAAAACCGAGCUUGGCCUACCUUCAAGCAAGCAAAGUCAAAGAUCUCACCACUGCACAGCAGUGACUUCUGCCCAACUAACUGCCAUAUCAACGUGAUGGAAGUCUCAUAUCCUAAAACUUCAACGUCACUUGGCAGUGCUUUUGGUGUUCAGCUAGAGAGCAGAAAACAUAUUUCCCAUGAAAAAGAAAACAAACAUACUGACCAAGGUAAACUGAGUCCCAUGGUUUAUGUACAACAUACAAUUACCACUAUGGCAGCGCCAUCGGGACACUCCUUGGGUCAACAAGAUGGCCAUGGUUUGAGGUAUCUGUUAAAAGAAGAGGAUCUGGAAACACAAGAUGUCUAUCAGAAACUGUUGUGCAAACUGCAAGCCGCACUAAAAGAGGUGGAAAACUGUGUUUCUCAAAUAGAUGACCUCCUUUCUUCAAUAACAUACUCUCCACAAUCAGAACGGAAAAACCACGAGCCAUUAACACCAACAGACAGUGAUAGCGAAAAAGGAGAACGAAAUGGGAAAAAGGUCUGUUUCAGUGUAGCAGCUGAUGAACAGGAAGAUUCUGGCCAUGACACCAUUAGCAACCGGGAUUCAUACAGUGAUUGCAACAGCAACAGAAAUUCUAGUGCAUCUUUUACCAGUAUUUCCAGUAGCCAAUGCAGUUCCUUCUUUCACAGUGAUGAAAUGGAUUCAGGUGAUGAACUUCCUUUAAGUAUACGCAUCUCUCAUGACAAGCAAGACAAACUCCAUGGUUGUCUGGAACAUCUUUUUGGUCAGGUAGAUUCAAUUAUCAAUCUACUGAAAGGACCAGCAGUGGCAAGAGCCUUUGAGCAAACAAAGUUCUUCACACCAGGUCGAAGCUUGCAAGAGUUUCAGCAAGAGAUUGGACCUAAACUCAGCUGCCCAAAGAGAUUGAGACUUCACAUCAAACAAGACCCCUGGAAUCUCCCUAGCAGUGUCCAAAACCUUUCCCAAAACAUCAGAAAACUUGUUGAAGAGGUGAAAGCAAGGGCCCUCUUGGCACUCCUUGAAUAUACAGAUAGUAAGAUACAGCUCAGGCGAGACAUGGUCUUUUGCCAAAGUCUGGUGGCCACAGUUUGUGCUUUUUCAGAACAGUUAAUGGCUGCCUUAAAUCAGAUGUUUGACAAUAACAAAGAGUGUGAAAUGGAGACACAAGAGGCCAGCAGAAGAUGGUUGGAACAGAUAUCCAGUGCCGGUGUCCUCCUUCACUUCCAGUCACUGUUGUCGCCAAAUCUGGCUGAUGAACAAGCUAUGCUAGAAGACACAUUGGUUGCACUGUUUGACUUGGAGAAAGUUACAUUUUCUUUUAAGCAAUCUGAACAAGAGCCUCUAGUUGCAAAUAUUCCAAUCACAUAUCAAGCAGAAGGAAGCCGGCAAGCCUUGAAAGUUUACUUUUAUCUUAAUAGUUACAAUUUUGAACAGCUUCCUCAAAGACUGAAGAAUGGUGGAGGAUUUAAAAUUUACCCCGUCCUCUUUGCACAAGCCCUAGAAAGCAUGGAAGGCUAUUAUUACAGGGACAAUGUAUCAGUAGAAGAAUUUCAAGCCCAGAUUAAUGCAGCUUCAUUGGAAAAAGUGAAACAGUAUAACCAAAAACUCAGGGCAUUUUACCUGGACAAGUCAAAUCUUCCACCUAAUUCAACAUCUAAAGCUGCUUAUAUAGAUAAGCUGAUGCGGCCCAUCAAUUCUCUGGAUGAACUUUACCGACUGAUGGUGUCAUUCAUAAGAUCCAAGCGCACAGCAUCCUGUGCUUACACAGCAUGCAGUGCCUCAGGAGUUGGACUGCUGUCAGUCUCUUCAGAACUGUGUAGCAGACUUGGAGCUUGCCAUAUCAUCAUGUGCAAUAGUGGAGUUCACCGGUGCACUCUGAGUGUCACUCUGGAACAGGCUAUAAUUCUUGCUCGGAGUCAUGGCCUACCUCCUCGCUAUAUCCUGCAAGCUACAGAUGUGAUGCGCAAACAAGGAGCACGAGUGCAGAACACUGCCAAGAAUUUAGGAGUUAGGGACCGAACACCACCAUCUGCUCCAAGGCUAUACAAACUCUGUCAACCACCACCUGCUGUUGGAGAAGAGUAAAGACUCUUAUUGGAGAAUGAUCAAAAUUCCAGCUUCCCUGACACUAGUAUUCCCUAGAAUGUGUCUUGAUGAACAACAGCAAGUAGCUCCAGAUACAGCAGUGCUUCAUCUUAAAUAUGGCUUAGCUACUGAGGAACAACUAUUUCUGGAAAAAGCAGAUACCUAGAUCUGAUCUGCUUGCUUGGUGAAGUAAUAUUUAGGACAUUUACACUGGAAUAAGUCUGCAUUUUAGGUGGUUGCUUCAACAGCGCCAAUCACCCGCUUAAGCACUGGUAACUGUAUGAACACAAAGCUAUAACACAGAAUGGAAAAACCACUAUAAAAAGACCCUUUCAGAAAGUUUUGAUUCAGAGGCUAGUUUCAAGUUGUUACGCUAUACUUUUGCAGUUUCUUGCACAGAUAAUUGCGUCCACCUCCAAUAUUCUAAUACUGUAAGUUGGAGCUAUACUUGAAAUUACCAUUUUGCUGAGGAUACGGUUACAUACUAAAAGCAGACUCGAAAGCUAAUAGGAAUAGAAAAAGUACAAGUGAAUUUGUGUUCCUGCUUUUCUAAACCUGCAAAGUGGGACACAAAGAUCAUACCUUAUAAAUGGGUUUUAUCUGAAGCACAAAGACUGCACUGGGGGCAAGAUUUCUGGAGUUCCACUUUACAGUUACUGGAGAAACAUGCCUCCUAUACACUUCUGGCCUGCAUUUUCUAUGUAAUAAUUGAAAUAGAUUUGAGAAAAGGGAUGGUGAUGGUAGUAGAUGAUUGCAAAUGGAUUAUGUGAAAAGCAUUAUUCCUAAUACAUGGGUGUUAGAUACAGGAAUGUUGUGUUUACUUUCCAUGACUUGACAAUAAGUGAUAUUCAGCAUGAGAUGCUCAAUUUAUUUCACAUUGAGAUCAGAUGCUAGAAGCGACGGGUGGAUUCUGAAGAGUCCCAAGAUUCCAUUACCGUAAUUAGACUCCUUAAUAAUUAUUCAGGAACCACUGACAAGAGUGUUUCCUGUGAUAGUGAACUCCAUGGCAUAAGGGAUUUUUGAAAAUGCUGAAUCUGAGAACAUGCAAUCGUUUAUAUUUUUGUACUUCUGGGUAAAAGAUAAGAGUGUGAAUUACCUUUACAUAAGAAUACAAAAAAGUUCUAUCAACUAUUAGAUAAUUAGAGGUCUCUAAUCUUUCUUUAAACUACCUGACAAAUUAUGUAGUAUAAGUAUCCUAAAAGAAAAGCAAACAUUUUGAAAACUAAAGUUUACUGACAGCAUACUUAAAUUUAUGUCAGAAAUGACAUCAAAUUUAUGUUGCAAUCAACCAUGGGACAGAGUGACAGUGAAAAGAAAAACAGAGAAGAUAUAGCAAAAUAUACAAACUUCACAAUAAAAUAUGUAAAUAUCAUCUAGAAA